UCUUAAUUAUGGAAGGUUUAUCUAAUCUACACUGUUUUUUGGAACUAAAAAGUAGUGGUAGUUUAAAAAAUAGCAAAGUGUUGUUUAAUAUGUUGAAGACCGUGUGGCCAGAACAUAUAUUGAAAGUCACUGUAAAGAUUUGAAAAUAUUUUGCUCCAAAUAUUGUUAUAACCUUCAAAAAAGGUUCCAAAAAGCUGGAUCGAAAAGAUCGCAGAUUUUUUGAAAAAUAAUUCAGAGUGGUUGGAUUUAGAAGUUAAAUGACCAGAGUUUAUAAUAAAAUCAACUUGUAAUACGACAAGUCAAGAUUUCAGUGAAACAAGCACUUCUUUUAUAUCACCUGAGAAGUCUGUUUCAACGAGACGAGACCUACGAAGUCUAUUGGAACUUCUACUCUUAAAUCGUAAUUGUUAUGAAUAAAAAUAAUUUUAUUCACGCGUCCUGGGCUAUAUCGCGAUCUUUUCGCAGUUACGGUAAGUCCAGCAAUGGAAAACACCCUCUCACUGGGUGUGCUGGUAGCUGGAAUUGCGAGAAUAGCCCUUGCAAGUCCAGUUAGAAGAGGAAAAGCUUCUUUUUUCCCCCUCCAGUAUUGUAAAAUGUCUUCAUUUACGACAUCGCUUGCAGUAGUUGCUGUCAAGUAGCGCCAGCACUCCUGAUCAGCUUCGCUACAUUCAAGAUUUACGUUUACGCUGGAUGUGGUGCUGCUGCUGUGUUUGCGUGUUAAUUUUGCCAAUAAAGAAUCAUCGGCAGAGCUAGUACUAAGUCAGCAGAAACCACGGUCGCGGAUACUCUUGAAACUUCAAUAUCUUUUUUUAUGUACUCAGCGAGAAAUGCAGCACGUGUACUAUUCUUUUGUUCCAAGUACGUAUCUAUUUGAGUCAGGCUUAUAAACCGAGGAUCCAACAGCGCCGCAACUACAACUUUCUCAGUGAUUGGGAAUCUUUUUUCUAACUUUGCCAGCAUUUUGUUCUUGAGCUGAACCAUUACAAGCGUUUCUUCAUCUGUCACUGAAUUAAGGAUAUCCCUGAUUUCCAGAUUAAACACCAGUGCUAAAUUCAGUGAAGCUGUCUUCUGUGUUGAUAACAUUUCUACGACUUCACGGAAUUUGCGUAGAAAUCUGACAAGAUCUUCUAAUAUGUUCCACUCCCUUUCUCUCUUUCCUAUCUCUGACAGCAUAAAUUAUUAACUGGUUCUCUGUUACAAAAAUGUGCCAAACUUUCUAGCAUAGCUAGCACACUAUGCCAACGAGUUGGUGAAGAAGUUUUGAUAGUCGGCACAUGAUUUAUGUUACCGAAUUCAUCGCUGAUGGCGAUUCGCAAACCAAAUAUGGUUCGGGCUCUUCAUUAACAAUUGGCUGAUUUUCAUCCAUUUCUAAAUGGUUUGAUACUUCUUCCAUAGAUUGUAAAACUUUUAGUUGUUCUUCUUUAGCAGAACGUUCUAACUCUGGUAAACGAUAGCGAACCGUCAUGACUAUCUUUUUGCAUUUUUUGACCAAUGAUGAUAAUUCGGGUACACUGUCAAUUCCAUCUACAGUCACCAGGUUAUGUAAACCAUGGCUUAAGCACAAAUGGGAGUCUAGAUCCGCAAGUCGAAUCGCUCGUUGGACAUUUGAUCCAGCAUCAGUCACAGGGUGGAGCUUUAUUCCUUGAAGUCCAAAGCACUCUUUUGCGUCGUUCAACAUCCCAUUUAUUUUUUCUCCGGAUUUUUUCCCCUCGACGAGUUUAGUGCACAAAGUAAAAAACUUGAGCUUCAAACCUAUAACAGAAUUAUAAUUAUGUAUGUAUUAAUAUUUAUUAUUAACAAUGAAAAACAGUAUCUAGCUAUCUUUAAAUAUUGACAUAUUUCAUUAAUAACACCUCUUGAUCGUUUGAUCUUGAAUGUGCUCAAUAUUAAUUCAUUGUGAAAUAAUUACAAAAACUACGUGAACAUAAAACUGGAUUCGCAAUAAAGACGAGGCAAGCUAUCGAGCGUAGAUAGAUAAAAAAAAAAUAAGGAAGUAUUAUGAUUAUGACUUACCAGCUGUUAACAACACAGCAAAUCUUAAAUAAUCAAAUUGAAAUUUUUCAUUAAACAAAAACCUACAAUAAAUUAUUUUAAACAAUAAAAAAUCUAAUAAAAUCAAACAUGUAAAGUCUUUUGAAGCAUUGAUUUAAAUGUUUUUGGAUCUGCCGACUGUGUUCAUCACGGUUAUCAGCGCUAUAGCCAGCUGAAGUGGAUGCUCCUUUCUGUGUUUUUUUUUAUAGAAAUCUUACGAAUGUGUUCAAGGUCAUUUACUAACCCGGUUGUGUUUGAGCCCUUAGUGGAAAUCUUUUUGGGACAUUUAAGGCAUUGUGCAAGUCCUUCCUUAGGAGUUUUAGUAAAAUAUUUCCAUACUUUAGACUUUUCCGUUUUGCCAUUUAUUUAUCUGAAAAAAAGAAAGUGUUGAAGCUGAAAUGGAAAGCACUGAGCUAAUUUUAUUAGAGAGGUUGCAGAUAAUAAAAAAAACUAUGAUCAUAAUUGUGUCGUGCGUGACAAAGCAUUAUUGUAUUGUGCUUGAUUAUUUUAUUUUGAUAUUUUACAAUUUACAUACCUAACGGAAAUUCUCCUUAAACAAGUAGGUACUUAUACUACGCAGAUGAAAUCGCGGGCAGAAGCGACUAACUUGUAUUGAUUCCUACAAUGUUAUUAUAGCCGUACCUUUACGUGCAUUGUCUUGAGUCAAUCAAAACAAAUGCAAAGGUUAAUUGCUCAUUGAAAAGUAAAUAAAAACAAAAUAUUACUUAGUAGGUCUGCUGGCUGUAUUUAGUAACCUCCUGCAAUGACUUGUCUAAAAGUCCACGCUAAUGAUAUUGACAUUAUAAGUAGGCUACAGGCCACAGGCCACGGGAUAAAUAUGUAGAAAUAAAUCAGUGCAACCAUUAUAAACAAAUCAAUAUCAUGAAUUAAAUUUUUGCUGCUCGUGUCUGAAUAGCUUCUUCUAAGUCGUUAAUGUAUGGGUUUGAUGUUAACUCUAUUGUUUUCUGUAUCCCUCGUUUUCUCGUAUUUACCGGUUGCUGUUGCAGUUUCAGUGUUGAAAGGACAUGUCCUUUCAUCAAUACAAAAACUGCAACUGCAGAGAAAUUAACCAUACCAAUUCAUGAUUCUCUAGAAGUUAAAGCACCAUAAUUGAUUAUCUUUAAAGUAGACAGAGGAGGUUGCACGGCUGGAGGCCGCCAAUACUCAGCUGACGAAAGAGGUUGACGAUCUGCGCCGUGACUUAAAAGAGUUGCGGCAGCGGCCAGCCCCGUCACAGGAGUCAAGCCUCCAAAAGCUGCUGGAGGAUGCGGCUCGCGCCAAUGCCGAGAUGUUUGGCAAUAUGCUGAACGCUCGGCUGGCCGGAAUUGAGGACCGCCUUCUCCCAGAGCCUCGUCAAAGACCCCCGCUCGCAGCGGAUGGUAAAGUUGCCAGAGCAGACCCUGCUCAUAAAGAAACAGCAGGAGCCCUGGUUGCUUUUACUGGCAGCAGUGCCGCACCUGUGACCAGGCCAAACACAGCCCAGCUGGUCAGGAAGGUCGCCAAGGAGGCUAUCAGCAAUAGUCAGGCUCUCAUUAACCCCCCUGCGGGGAGGAAGGGCAAAAAGAGGGAGAGCAGCCUGGCUGCCAAGGAGGCUGCAGAGAUGCGGAAUCAGCCUGCUCCCGCGCCUGAAGAGGUCCCGUGGACCGUCGUCGUUGGCCGAAAGGCCAAGAUUAAGGCGAGCCAGGCAAAGGAGUUGCAAAAGUCCCGACCCGCGGUGCCAGCCCAACAAGCUCCGAAGAAGGCCAAACUCCGGGUGCCUAGCACGGCGGUGGUCACACUGACCUUGGUGGUACUGGGAGUAGAGGAGAGAGGCGUCACAUACGCAUCCAUCCUCUCUGACGCAAAGCAGCGCGUUCGCCUCGCGGACCUCGGGAUUAGCAGCAUGAGGUUCCGCAGGGCAGCGACGGGUGCGCGCCUGCUUGAAAUAGGAGGGGAGGACUCGGCGGCGAAGGCGGACUCGCUAGCAAAGAAGCUGCGAGAAGUCCUCAGCCCUGACGCGGUCAAAGUUGUCCGUCCAGUGAAGUGCGCGGAAAUCCGCGUCACAGGACUGGACGACUCGGUUGACGCAGCUCGGCUGUAUCUAUCUUCAUCUGUGUGAAUCUGUUUUGUAUGUUGUGUGCAAUAAAGUAUAUUUGAUUGAUUGAUUGAUUGAUUGACGCCAUCGAUGUGGUUGACGCAGUAGCCCAGGAAGGAGGACGCUCGGCCGGCGAUAUCAGGCAUGGGAGGAUCGUCGUUGGCCCGAGAGGUGACGGUUCCCUCUGGCUCAGCUGCCCGAUCGCGGCCGCCAAGAAAGUGACUGACUCUGGCCGGGUGCUGGUUGGGUAGACCUCGGCCAGGGUGAGGCUCCUCGUGCCCAGGCCAACGCGGUGUUACCGCUGCUUAGAGUCGGGACAUCUGGGUGCUAAAUGCUCUUGUGAGGUUGACCGCAGCAAGCUCUGCUUCCGCUGCGGUCAACCGGACCACAAGGCGCAGAACUGCAGCGCCGAGCCGCAUUGCCCCAUUUGUGAGACGGCGGGCAAACAAGCAGCCCAUUCCAUUGGCAGCAAUGGAUGAAUCUCUGCUGCCAAAAAGCCCACGGCCCCGAAGGCGGGAAAAAGCGCGCCGCUGUCAAGAUCUCAGCGGCGACGCAAGGCCAAAAAAGCCAAGAAGGAGUGGAUGGAUACCAACCCAUAAAUGGCAUCCAUCCGUUUCCUGCAGGCCCAUAUCAACCACUCCGCCAGGGCACAGGACCUUUUGGCCCAAACCAUGGCGGAGUGGCUGAUACACGUGGCUGUGGUUGCUGAGCCAUACGUGGUCCCUACCCGAGAUGACUGGGUAAGCGACGGCGGCAACUCUGUGGCCAUCUUCGCCCCUGCCGCUAGUGGCUCCCCCCCCUUCGAUAAGGUAGCGAAGGGUAGGGGAUGCGUGCUGGCUGUCGUUGGCGGAGUUGCAGUUGGCCCCUCGCCGACUUCGAAGGGGCCCUCGCGGAAGUCGGUGCGCUAAUUGCGCAAACCUCCUCUCUUCCUGUGAUCCGCGGAGGACUUCAACGCCAAAUCCGUGGCUUGGGGAUCGCCCGCGACGGACGCGAGGGGAGAGGAGCUAGAAGACUGGGCGGUGACUUCGGGCCUGGUGAUUUUGAACAGGGGCACCAAUAACACCUGUGUCCGCCAGCAGGGGGGGUCAAUCGUGGACCUCACGUUCGCAACCCCCUCCAUGGCCCGGAGAGUUCAAGGGUGGAAGGUGGAGGUAGACGUGGAGACAUUGUCGGAUCACCGAUAUAUCCGGUUCGAUGUCUCUACGUCUGCCCCCACAACGGUGCCAGUGACUCGCUCCUCUAUUGAGGAGGGCCCUCGCUGGGUGCUGGGUCGACUGGACCGUGAGCUGGCCGAGGAGGCGGCCAUUGUGGAGGGCUGGGUGGUGGACGCCGGCCCACCCGGGGACGUGGAUGCGGGAGCGGAGCUGCUCGGCGCAUCGCUUACGAAUGUAUGCGAUGCGUCGAUGCUUAGAGCCAGACCGCUUCCCCCACGUCGGCGGGUGUACUGAUGGCGCACUGAGCUGCACCAACUGCGCCAAACCUGCGUCGCUGCGCGCCGCUGCUAUACGAGAUGCCGAAGGCGCCGCAUCCGUGACAGGCCUCUGGAGGUUGCCCUGUACAACGAGUACAGGACCGCCUGUAGUGCCCUCCAGACAGCCAUAUCACGGGCUAAACAGGAGUCCUGGGAGGAGUGGCUUGCCAUCCUAGACCGGGACCCCUGGGGCAGACCCUACCGGGCAGUGAGGCGGAAGCUCCGGCCCUGGGCUCCGCCACUCACCACGACUCUCGAACCCCAGUUGGUUGAGAGCGUGGUGCAAACACUAUUCCCGAGUCGGGCAGGGUCUGCCCGGCCGGUGGUCGCCACGGAGGAGGAGGAGGUGUUGCCCGUGUCCGAGGUGGAGUUGCGGUACGCCGCGGCGAAACUCCGCCUCAAAAAGACCGCCCCUGGGCUGGACGGCGUGCCGGGACGGGUGCUAGCCCUGGCACUAUCGGAGCUGGGGAGCCAUGUUCGGGCCCUAUUCACCGAAUGUCUGGUGCAGGGUCGUUUCCCCAGCUCUUGGAAGGAGGGCAAGCUGGUCCUUCUUCGGAAGGAUGGGCGUCCAGCUGACCGGCCGUCCGCUUACCGACCCAUCGUGCUGCUCGGCGAGAUGAGCAAGCUCUUUGAGCGUGUGCUCGUUCACCGUCUCGCCGUAAGUGGGGGCGAUUCGGCCAGUCCUUCGGAACUGGAUCGAGUGCCCCGGCGCAUCCACCUACCACCUCACGCAGAUCCUCACCGGGCAUGGGUGCUUUGGUGAGUAUCUGUUUGGGGUGGUCAGCAGGGAGCCAAACGCCGAAUGCCACCACUGUGUGGGCGGCAUAGUGGACACGGCACGACACACGCGCGAGGAGUGCCCCGCUUGGGCGGUCCCUCGCGCUGCCGUGUCCACAGAAAUAGGGGCUGACCUCUCGCUGCCGGCCAUGGUUAGGGCCAUGAGCGGCAGCGAGCAGGCCUGGAGAGCGGUCGCCACCUUCGGAAGCGGCGGAGAGGGAGCGGGAAGACGCUGUCGACUCGCUCCCGAUUCGCCGCAGGCGACCGGGAUGGUGGCGACGGGCGUACUUGGUCGCCAUCGACCAAGCGCCGCCUUGACGGGGACCUGUGGACGGUGGUCGGGGGACCGCCGUCCACAACAUAGGUCUCGUGCUGUAGGGCUCCCCAAGUGUUCCGGGCAGCCCUCGGCGGAGGGGUAGGCGCUUGACGCGCUCCCAUGGGCGCUGGGCCCCAAAGGGCAUCCGCCGGCGCGGACGCGGUUGUGUGCAAUUGCGUUCCCGUAUCCCCGCCACAGGGCGGCAAGGAGGAACACCGUUGGGUUUUAGUGGGUAUACCGGGUGGCGACACCCGGGGAGUCCCACAUAACCACGUCGUCGUCCCCGGGCGGCGUGGUAUGCGUAAUGCAUUUCCCAAUUAUCUUUAAAGUACUGUCUUCUGAUCAAGAAUCGGAAGAUACGACGUUCGAAAUUGACUGAAUUGUGAACUUUGCAUGUACAAUGUUCGAUCAUAAAACUAUUUUUAAGAAUGUUAUGUUUGUUAUUUUUUAAUAAAUUUAUUUUCAUUUA